AUGCUGCACAGCUGCAACGUCAUGUCCGCCAAGCCCGACACCUCGCUUCCUCCACAACUGUGUCUCAUCGCGGCUGACGAGUCCGUCAACCCCGUUCCUAAGCUGCUCCUUUCCUUUCCGGUGCCUCGCCUGAUAUCGCAACUGCGGCUCGAGACGGGGUGGGCGAGGCCGGAAGAGGAUGAGGUCCCCGCCGGUGGUGUGCCAACAGAACCCUCUGCUUUGCCGUCAUGGCGGGCGGAGGAACUGGAUUACCUCUCACGCGGUAUGCAGGAGUCUGCCCAACAGCUGCUGCUCACUGGCGGCUUCUCACACUUUCUGCAGGAGCAGUUCCAUCACGAGGCGGACCCGAACUGCGAGUGUUGUGGCAGCGCCGCCGACAGCGGCAGCGCGCUGCUCUGUCAGGACCGUGCCUCUGCCGCGCACUGUGUCAGCAGAACCGUCACCCUUGGCCUUCAAGGGCUGCUUUCCUCCGUGGCGCAGCAAAACACGCUGGUGCACGUUGCCCGACUGCGCAAGCAGGGCGAAUCUGCCACAACUUCAUCUGCUCUGCUACCUGCUGGUAAGGGCACUUCCGGACACCGCGUACCGCUGACGCGUGUUCCCGAGUCAGAGAGCUGGGUUAAUGGCGAAGAUACUGCGGCGGUGGCCCUGCGACCGCGGCGAUCGGCGGAAUCGGGUAGCGCCUGGGCGGACACGCCGACAGGUUUGCGAGACUUGGCGCCAGCCGGUGGCACACCAUCAAUCCCCACCAGUGGGCGGCGGCGGGCGAGUGGGGCGGCCGCGUCCACUUCGAUCACUACUGGGGUGGCGACGAGCUACAAACCGCGCACGGCUCCAGAGCCUGCGAGCCUGGAGGCACUGGAGACGUCCUUGAGGGGCAGCGAACACGCUGCUGCACGCUCUACCGCCUUUGCGGACUUUGUGCGGCAGAUCGCUAGUGAUAGUGGUAGCAGCACUGCUGCCCACGAUGCGCCACUGCUGCUUCAUUUCGUUUCCUGGCUGCCCCUUCAAGUGCGCCCUUUCGAUGGCAUCCCGUGUGCGCAGGUGACCGCUUGCUUGACGGCACUCGUCGCAUCGUGCACUGAGGCUGAGGACGCAGCGGCGGUGUCCUCCUCCAACUCUAGUCUGCAGGGGUCGCUGUGGUCUGCGCGCGCGUGGCUUUGCUGCCAGUGCUUAGCGCACCCGCGCUUCCCUACUGAGGCUGUGCCCGCGGGACUCGUAGGACGUACGGUCGACGUGUUCGCGCGGGUCAUUCGUGAUGUGGCGGGGUUGAUCUUGCAAGUGCAGCAAUCAGCAGACGCGGCUGUUGUCGAGGUUAGCGCCGAUGCAGGGGGCAAGCAAGAGGGGCACCCGUCUUCAGUGCCUGAGAGAGGUAGAGGAGCUGACGGCAGCUGUGCCACAUCGAGUCUGCUCCCCUGGCUAGAGCAGCUGCGGGGCUAUCUGCGCAGCUUCGCCGUCAUGCUGUGCAACCGCACAUUGCAGCUUGUGCCAGAUACCGAUGUCUACCGUCUUGAGGAGCUGUGUUACCAGUGUCUCUUUCACGCGACGCGCAGCUGCACCAAGGAAGUGCACCUGCUCUACAGUACGUACAUCAUUGACAGCGCGGUGCAUCUGUAUCGGUGCAUCUGGAAUGCACUCCAUGUGGAGAGGCAGCGCUUGGUGGAGGUGUUCUUCCAGCGUCUACCCACGUCUUCCGCGUGGCUGACGCACCGGAGCUAUCGCGUGAACUACGACGGACGCACUGUGCUGCCCCUCACCGUUACCAUGCUGGCAGGUGCGCAGUCGUUGGUCGUCUCAAGCGAAGGAGGCAAGUUGGUCACCGCGGAGACACUGCAGCGUCAGUGCAGCUUGUGGGCCAACACCUUUGUGCAUGAGCUGCUGUUGCGGCGCGCUGCAGAGGGGGACCGAGCCGAGGACACGGCAUCGUGGGCGGCGGCAGUGCGCGUGGCGGAGGACUUGACGGAUCUUCUUGGGGUGCCGGAGUGGCCAGGCGCCGAUGUACUGCUCCGUAGUCUUGUGCACUCGCUGACGCAGCUAUGCCUCGGCGCCGAGUCUGCCACGACGGCGUCCGCCGAGGCGCUGCGGCCGCUGGCAUUGGAUGUGGUGGCGCACGUAGCUCUGAGGCUCUUUGAUGAGAAGCAGUUCUCUGUGCCGACGGCCAUCUUGGCGGAGGUGGAGCGACUCGGGGACUUGACCAGCACAAACCAGGCGGCGGCUCGCAUGGCGCUUCAGCAUAUCUUGGGUGUAUCCGUUCCCGCACAACCCUCCGCUGCCGACCAGCAGGCUUGGGAACGUAUGUGUGGUGCGGCAGGCAAGGCAACGACGUCGAUAUUUGGCACGGCGGAUAGCCGCCUUCUUGGGAUUAUGACAGCCGUCUACGUGGCGGAAUCGCAGCUCAUCACGAAUCCGUCCACCGCGGCCGAUUACGCUGCAGUGUGGUUUCACGUGCGCGCGGCGCAACUCACAACCUGGGCUUCGCUCCAGGAUGCGGAUCAGGAAUGGAUUUCGCAGGCCGCGCUUAACUCACUCGUGCGGUGGCAGCGGCCUCCCGGCGCGGGGGACGCACCGGCCAACUGGAACGAUGUGUGUGCGUGGACGCAGGCCAUCAGCACGCAGUUCAGCAACUCUAUGCUCAGCCGGCGCACACGGCACACCCUGGUGUCGAUGCUGCUUUCCAUUUUUCACCUCAAAGACGCACAGGGCGUCGCGGUACCGGUGUCGGACGUGGUACAGAAGAGAGCACUUGGCCACCUCGCCCGGCUUACCGCGGUGCACCCGGCGCUCCAUCGCUAUCUGUGGCCUGUGGCACGGCAGUGCGUGCAGGACGACAGUGCGCGAGUGCGGGAGUCUAUCGUGCCCCUUCUGCUUACAAUGCUGAAUGGCGCGACCGUCACCGCGACUGAGGGCGAGUCGGCUUCGACGGACCACUUCUCUGCAACAGGUGACGGGGUCGUUGCGGCGGUGGUGAGCAGCCUCCUCUACCUCCUCAACGACAAGAGCGCCUCAGUGGUGUCGCGCACCAUCGCCGCCCUCGACGCAUUUCUGACCGAUGACGCUCACCAGUGCCUUUUUGCCACUCCGCACGGUGCGCCGCUGCUGUUUUUCAUCCAGCACAAGCUGCUGCAACUCGCCUCCCCCGACGAGGCCGAGGCGCAGAGGAACCAGAAGGAGGUGGUGAAGCACUUUCUGCGCCGCUGGGUGGUGACGCUAGGCGACGCCGAGGGCUCCCUCACCGGUGCGCACGCGCAGCUGGCAAAGGAACUCGUUGCACUGGUGGUGAUGGCGGCGCCAGACUACCCGCACGAUCUCGGCGAGGACCACCCCCUCGUGCAGGUGCUACAGGGCAUGCACGCAUACGUAGCCGCAUACGACCCGGCACGCGAGACAUCUUCGUCGACCGCCACGGCCGCGACUGCGGCUGCAGCGCGUCGUCGGCCGCGCGGCUACCAUAUUGAUGGGGCCCGGUUGCUCCACGUCAUGCGCUGCGCCGCGCGGUCGCUGUGGACGCGGUACAACUGCUUUCACUCUACCGAGGACGCCGUGUCAUGCCUCGCCGCGCUGCGGGCACUCGCGCAGGCCCACGGGGAGUGGGUGCAGCCGCUGGCCGAGGUGCUGGUGCAGUCCAUUGCCUACCCCCCGCCUCCCACAUCGCCACUUGCGAAAGCACCGGAAGCUCUGGGCGGGGCGCUGCUGCACAUGUGUCAAACCUUGCACGCCAUUCUAAAAGUCCCUCGGCUGCCCUUCAUCUCCCUCGACCAGCUCGCACGCUGCCUAACAGCGCUGCUAUCCAAGUACGUGGGGCCGUAUCAGCAGCGUGUGAUUGUCGCCUCCUGCGGUACCCUGAGUGCCCUCAUCACGUGCGGCGCCAAGCAUCAUCUCUCCGGGCAGGUCAACGUGCCGUAUUUGCAACUCUGCUACUCGCUCAUGAACACCUACUACACCCGUGUGCGGGGGCUGUUGCCGAGCUUGGCCACGCAGCCGCAGAGUGUCGCCUACACGCAGCGCUUCCUCUUUCUCCUGUCCGAGUUUUUGCGCAUGUAUCCGGGCUGGAAGCAGCACCCGCCGCACCCGGCCUUGAUGGAGGAGUCGUUGGCCGGCCACGACUCCGGGGAAACAGCGCUGAAUGCGCUCAUCGCGGGCCCCGGUAUCAUGGCUAACACGUACCAGCUCCUGGAGGACGUUCUGGGGAGCUGUGGCGGUCCGGUCACGCAAAAGGGCGUUGGCUUGAUCGCCCUGCGCGUUGUUGCAUCCCUGUGCAUGCUGGAUCCCACAACGUACUUCCUCCGUGCCGAGGGACGCAUUCGCGACGCGCUUCGCUCACACGACAUGAGCUUUCAACUGCAGGGCCUCUCCCUGCUCUCCGACUUUCUCAAAGAGGAGGACCAGCGGGUGGAGGCGGCAGCGCAGAAGGCCACUCGCCUGGGCACGACGGCACUCAUCCUCGGCUCCAGCGGCGGCGGCGACGCCAGCGACACUUCGAGUGGCAGCCGGGAAAGCAGUGACCGCAGCGACAAGUUUGAGGCGCCUCCGCCUGGUGGCCGUGCCAAGCGCACGUGCUAUAAGCGAGCCGCCGCCGCUGUCGAUGCGCCCAAGCAGAUGAAGACGAGAACCAACGCGAAAAGAGCCCCACCACCGCACUCACCGACUGCAGCGCACACGGAGGACUUUAAUAGCGGUAUGGGAACGUGGAUCUUUCAGCAGUUUCACGGCGACAUCGCGCGGCUCAGCUGCGGCACUCCGAACACCCAAGUACGCUCGCUCUGUCUGCGCUUGUUUCUGCAAGCCGCGCACGGGGGGCUGCUGCCGCCUGACAAGUACAUGCAAGCUAUCGUUGCCCUCGCCGCGGACGUGCAUGGGCCGCUGCGGCAGCAGGCGGCGGCCAGUCUCACCAUCCACUGCGAGCGCCAGGAGGAGGUGGUGGGGGCGUCGGUCGGGCGAGGUGUUGUGCUUGCGUUUUGUCUGCACCACACGUGCGGCGUGAAUCUUCUGCGCAGCGCGGUGUUGCCCGGCAAGCCGCUCGCCGCGACUACGGCUACUGUUGCCGAUAGCGGCGCCGGUGAUGUGCUGGGCGGGUGCAGUGUCCACAGCUCCGUGUACACGCUACUGCACAAGCGGCUGCGCGACAGCAUGAUCACCACCCUUGUGCGUUUCUUCUACCAAGAUGACAAGGCGCGGUCGUGGUGCGAGGAACAUGCGCGGCAGAUUACCGACGCAGCCGCCACUCUGGCCGCGUCCUCAUCGCCGUCUGUCGUCUUCCGCCUUUUCCACCCCUAUCUCUUUCUCUGUCACUUGACGCUGGCGCUUGCGACGUUGCCGUUUCCGCAUGAGAGCGACGUGGUGCAUCUGCUGCAGCAGGCCCGCAACGGCCUCGACUUGAACGGCCAGGCAGCAUUGGACUGGUUGAGGGACAAGGAGGCGUCGACUGAACCACUAUCGAGCGCCGAUGCAAGCGCCAGCGCGCUCAUGCGGUGGAAGGCUGUUGGCGCCGUGCUGCUUCAUUACCUUCGCCACAGUCUUACAUCUGAAUACCAUGUGACAUCUGCGACGCUCAUGCGACACCACAAUCGAUCAAACUACCGUCUCGCCACUGCUGCAGCACAGCACAGCGCUGCGCCUGCACUGCACCGCAGCCCUGCGAACAGCGCAGCAACGGCCCAUCUGACAGAGCGCGUGGAGCGACUCGUGAGAAUCUUGGAGCCUGUCUUUAGGGUGUCGUCGACAGCAUGCCCUUCAAGGGACGUUGAGGAGGCUGCGUGGCACGCGCUAAGCGUCGAGCUUGAGACUGCCCUGAUGGAAGAGACUACAUACGACAUUAGACGGUGCGCUCCAACUCGUGCUGCGCCCGUGUGUGGUCGAGCUAAGGCCGCAAGGGGUGCGCGUGCUGCACGAGCAGCCACGGCUCCCUCACGACGAAAGCGACAGCGAUGUUCCUCGUCGACCGACACGUCGAGUACGGAUGAUACCGUGGAGGAAGACACAGCCAGCGAGGCGGACGCGACUAACCCUUCUUCGGCGUCGUCCGGGAUCGACACAGAACGCGACGCACCGACCCGCCACCGCCGAACGUGCUCCACGAGCCAAGCAGACGAUGCAUAG